AUGCCGCGUUGCUAUAUAUUGAAAAAACAUGCCAAUCAAUCGAAAUCGACAGUAAAGGAUAAGCCGGUGCUUGGUGAUGGCAACACGACUCCAAGUUGGCAACCAAAAACUUCCAAUGUUGCCUUGAAACGACACGAUACACCAAUCAGUCCGAAGGAAGUGUAUGCUUCAAUUUGUUAUAAUAAUACACUAGAGAAUCAAAGUGUCUCUUGCUGA